UUCCGCGUUCUGCACGGUUUCGUUUCGGAGUCAUCGGCACUUCCAGCUCGAAAUGGCGCUUCGGAUCGCCUUCUCGGCUCCUUCGAUUCGAUCGCCGUCGUCGUCUUCAUCGUGCACGCCGUCGGCCUCCUCGCUGAACCGAUCCUUGGGCUGUCGACCCCAGCGUCGGUCUUCGGGCGGGUCCCUCGGGGCCUCCGGCGCCGGCGGGCGGGCCGUGGCGGCGAGGUCCAGCUUGGAGACGGCCGUCGGGCAGGUGACGGAAGUCGACAGGGAUACCUUCUGGCCCCUCGUCAAGGCCGCCGGAGAUAGGGUUGUCGUCCUCGACAUGUACACCCAAUGGUGUGGCCCUUGCAAGGUGAUGGCCCCCAAAUUUCUCGGAUUGUCUGAGGAAUACCUUGAUGUUACAUUUAUGAAGCUUAACUGCAAUCACGAAAACAAGCACCUUGCCAAGGAGUUGGGAAUAAAAGUUGUGCCAACCUUUAAGAUUCUCAAGGAUGGGAAGGUGGUAAAGGAAGUAAGAGGGGCCAAGUUUGAUGAUUUAGUACUGGCCAUCGAGACAGUGAAAUCAAGUUGACAUUCUUCUACUUGAACAAACACCUCCAGUUUAUCAAAUACUAUGUCUAUGAUUCUACAGAUGAAAAAGUUAAAUUGUAUAUGUUGAAUUUGACUAUCUGGGGUGCUUCAUUGGCUGUAAAAACAUUGUAAGGAUAUAAUGAAAUUUAAUGUCUUUUAAUUAAGAUGAACUAGUUAUUGAUUUCUGAA